AAUAUAUUUAUUUUAUAUAUUUAGUAAGAAUUACGUAUUCCCGUUAAUGAUUUCGUUUAUUAGAAAUAAAGUCUGUUCUAUCAUUUUUGUGGGGUUAAAGGCAGGCAGGCAGACAGACAGACAGGCAGAUUAUGUUGUAUUAAACUACAUUUUCCUUUUUUAUUGAAGCCUGUGAGCAUGUAUUACUUUUCACGUGAAGUUCCUUUUUCAUCUUUGUGUCUUUUGAUUCUCUGUAUAACAUGUAAUUCUAUACAAUAAUAUACAUGUCCAUAUCUAUUUUAAAUUUGAUAUAUAUACAUAUACAUGUUUGAAUUCUCUAUAUACACUUAUGUUGGCUUUCGAGGAUUAUUUAAAGUCAUUUCCCAUCUAUUUUUUCGUGAAAUAAAGAUAACAGACAUUCAUAAUGUACCGACAUCAGACCCAUGUAUCUUUAUUGUGGGUCCUCAUGCAAAUCAAUUCAUUGAUGGCAUUGUUUAUAUGAACGUCAAUCCUCGUCCUUCUUAUGCUUUGAUGGCUGAUGUUUCCUAUCAGAAACCUGUUAUCGGUCAUGUAGGAAAAAUAUUAAAUGCUAUUCCUGUAGUAAGACCUCAAGAUAGAAUAAACUUGGGUACAGGAAAAAUAAAGUACCAUCCUCCAUAUCAAAUAGAAGGUCAAGAUACAAAGUUUUUAACGGAAGUCAAUGUUCGCGACUUUAUUCUAUUUGGUAAAAACGACGAUAAAGUCCAUGUGGGUCGUAUCAUUUCAGACACUUUACUUGAAAUUACACAUGCCAUUGACAAUGAUGAUGCUCCUUUUUCAUCUUUUAAAAUAGUACCUCAUUUGGAUCAAACCGUUGUUUAUGAUGAAGUUUAUCAUCAUUUAAAUAAUCAAAAAUGUAUUACUAUUUUCCCAGAAGGUGGAAGUCAUGAUAGAUCAGAAAUGCUACCCUUAAAAGCUGGCUUUGCUAUUAUGGCAUUAGGCACAUUGGCAGCCAAUCCUACGUUAAAUCUUAAAAUUGUCCCUGUUGGACUCAACUAUUUCCAUCCUGAUCGUUUCAGAUCUCGUGCUGUCGUUUCAUUCGGUAAACCUAUCUCCAUUCAGCCUUCUGAAGUAGAAAACUAUAAUUUAGGAGGUCAGCAUAAACGAGAAGCUAUAACAAAGCUCUUGGAUCAAAGUGAUAAAGCAUUUAAAGCUAUUACUUUGAAUACGCCUGAUUAUGAUACACUGAUGAUUAUACAGACAGUAAGACGUCUUUAUAAAACGAAAAGGAAUACUAGUACUAGUAUCGACCAAGUUGUUCAAUUAAAUCGUCUCUUCAUUCAUUUAUGGCCUAGACUAUCAAAGAAUGAUCCUGUUCAUUUCCAAGUUAUUAUACAGAAGGUGAAACAGUACAAUAGCAUGUUGAGGUUUUUCGGGAUUAGAGAUCAUCAAGUAGAAAAAUUAAAUAUGACAGCUAUGGAAGGCUUUGUAGAAUUAUUUAAACGGAUCAUCAAGUUAACGGUUAUGAUCGGCUUAGGCACUCCUACUUUGAUCUCUAAUUUACCUCUAAUUUGGAUUACAAACUAUAUAAGUAAAAGGAAACAGAGAGAGGCCUUGGCUAAUUCUUCUGUCAAACUUUCUGGUAAAGAUGUUCUCGCAUCAUGGAAAGUGAUUGUAGUUGCUUUUGCAGCACCUACACUUUAUGCCUUUUAUGCGUUCAUUUAUUUUCUCUAUCUCUUCAAGAGACGCUCUAGAGUAACAACAACAUUGCGUACAAAAUUAAUCAGAUCUGGUAUAGUGUGGGUCAUUCAACCUAUUUUACAUUAUCUAUUAAUGCGACUAGGUGACACUGGUUUAGAUAUUUACAACUCUAUAAACCCUUUAAUUUUAGCAAUGAGGAAUCCUGAAGCAGGAGAAAUUAUUCGCUCUAUGCGAAAGGAAUUAUCAGAGGAUAUAACUGAAUUUGUUAACAAAUAUGCUCCAGAAGAACUUGAAUAAAUAUUGAACAAUCAAAGUCUAUUAUGUGGAAAAAAAGAAUAACUCAACAUGGUCAUUUAAUACAAUAACAGAAGAGGAUAUAUCAUCCAAGUCUUCUUUUUAAAAAAAUAAAUAAUUCCUUAUCAUUGGCGAUAAAAUAGUUGGAUCAUCUCUUGUGAUAAGAAUGGCAGUUAAAAGGCUUACUCCCUUCCCCCUUUUUUUUGUUAUAUGUCUCGAUUUAUAUAUACAUGUCUUGUUAAUUCUUAUCUUAUAAAUUCGUUUGCUUUUGUUACAAUGUAAUACUGUUGUACUAUUUACACAUUUGGCAAUCUCCCUAUCUAUAAAUAUAAAUAUAUAUAUAU